CGACUCGAGCCAGCAUUUUAUUACAUAAAAAAAGAAAACAGGUGUUGUGUAGAUUUUAUUAAUCGGAACAUUGAUUACAUAUGCACUAGAGGAAAUCGAGUUCGAGUACCAGUACCAGCAGAUGAAUCUCAAAGAAAUGAGAAUGUUGUAUUCAAUAAUGCGUCGUUUCACGUGUUGAAACGCAAAUGCACAAUUAAGACAAUUAAUAAUUGCGUAAUUUUCCGAUUGUGAGUGUUUGAGCGUGCAUCUGUAGCAAAGGCUUCAGCGGCAAAAUUCAAACAGAAUUGAUUUUGUCUACUGGAAUUUUCUUGUUUACUUUUAGUCCUCUCAGGGUCUCACGCUGUCAGUCUCAUUUGGUGGUUCAACGAACUUGUAGGAAGGAAAGUGCACUUUCGCUUUACAAGAUGUUUUCACUUUCGCCUAACAAAUCUGUGUUUAGAAAUUAUUUAGACAUUUUCUCCGGAUAAAGACCACAUUAUUCUCAUUAAGACAUAUUAGGGGUUAGAGCGAUCAGAAAUUUUAAUAAAACACCAUGAAUUGCUGUUGAGACCGGUUGAGACUCAGUUGAGACUUUGGAAGCAGUACAUCAUUCGAGCCACCGGGAAAUUCAUUGCCAAACGGAUAGUAAGCCGAUAAACGACGCAAUAACCAGCUUGGCAACCAGUUCUCAAAAGUAUUCGGCGGUGCAAGGUCUUGGUUUCAAACUCCCGUCAUUUCUUUAGUUUAUAAAGUUUCUUAACAAGUCAACAUAACAGAAAAUGCGCGUAAGAGUAAAUCACUGUUGUUGCGGUUGCUCCCUACAAACUGGUACCAAAAUUCUUGGAUGGCUUGGCUUGAUAGGUGGAUUCUUACAAAUGCUUCGUUUUGCAAUGAUGAUGCCUGACUGCGACUAUCCAGAAACCAAUAUUUGUAUUGGUGUCCUGGUUGGCUUGGUUGUUUGGAACGCAGUCAGCAUCCUGGUUUUAUUUUCCGCCCAUAAGAAUAGCAGGCCCAGUCUUAUGUUACCUUGGCUUAUUUGCAAGGCCGUAUUAAUACUUGUAGGUAUUGGCCUAGGAUUAUUCUUGUCCAUACAUGGAAUGCAAGUCAAUCAAUUGGUUACCUUUGGAAUUGUCUUCUUUUUUGCCUUCGGAUCCGCCCUUGGCAUCUACUUCUGGUUGGUCGUCUAUAGCUACUAUCAACAGCUGAAAGAAGAGCUAUCGUCGUCAAAAAAAGACCAAUUUCAAUUUUCCAAAUUCAAUUCCAGUAACGAUGUUUAGUACUAUAGUUUGACGCUGCCAAAUGUGGGUAGUCAACAGAUUUUUGUUUGUUUUUAAAUCAACUGAUUUUUAUUGGUACAAUGAUUGUAAUCUCUAAGAAAUCCCAAAUUACAAGUAGUGAAAUCAA